CUGAUCCAUUGCAGUCAUUGGAAGCGCUCACCGCAGUCUUUACGGCAUCCUUGUAAACGACUGUCUAAGAACGUGUAAUUUUGCUCACAAGGCACUAAAAGUCCUUGGCGGUGACAUCGUUUGCGCGAUAUAGAGGCUUCUGCUAGGGCCACUUUCCUGCGCUUCCUCGCGUUCUCAAAGGCCUCAUUCCUUGAAGUCACCAGCUUGAAGCGGUCACGUUUUACUAAUCCUGCGGAGAGAAUCUUCCGUGUUUACGGUUGCUAGCUAGAUUGAAACGUAUUCGCCCCCGUGACCAGGACCAUGGGGAACUCCCCCAGUUCGGGUAGCAGCUCGAGAAAGAAGCGUAACAGCAGUGGCCAACACGACGAAGACGAUGUUGCUGCACUGGCGCAAAAAGUUGUCAGUGAAUCAGUUCGCGACCUGCAGGCUUCAGUGCAGAGUGGCUUAAAAAAACUGGAAGACCAUGAUCACCCCGCAGCACAACUGAUCGACUCAGUUUGUGGCUCGUAUCUCGACAAGAACGAACACGAUACCUCCUCAGGAACCAUAUCGUACGGAGAGAGCGAUUGCGAGGACACUAGCAUGACGGAUAUACAAUCACUACUAAAGGACUCACAAGGCAACAGUUCGAGUCGCCGCCAACAAGUGCUACCAACCUCAUCUUCGUGCAAUUACGACAGCCAAGCUCAUCCAGAGCACAUCAAGCACCCCUCUUCGGUGCCGACACCCUUAGCUUCGGCCUUUGCCAAGCGUUGUUAUUUUACCAAAGCUGGGAUUGCCAAAACGUCGCAACACUACGAAGGCCUCACACUUACAGGCGAUGUCGUUCUUAUGCUGGCGGCAGCCAUGAAACUCAAAGGCUGUCCCACUAUCUGCGACGAAGAUUUGCGAAGGGUAGAGCAGACAUUCCCGACUCAGUUUUCUCGCUUACCUGACGAGCUCUUGCUGAGUAGUGGGUGGCGGCGUAUCAGCAAAUACUGUCACUUUUCAAACAAGCCCAUUCCAGACGGAAUCCCCUUUUUCCGCGGUUACUAUUUCCUUUUAGCCGCAGCCGUCGGUUUGGUUCGCCCGAUGGAUGUGGAACCUCUGACGCGGGAUACUUUGGUCUUGCUGGAGACUGACUACCCCACCACCUGUGACAGUGCGCCACCCAGUCUUAUCCAAGACCCUGACCAAUGGACGCUGGUGGACAAAUUUUGUUUCUUUUCUGGCGGACCGAUUAAUACUGACGAAAACGUUUACUACGAGGCGGAAUUAGAUGGCGGCUAUAUUUAUAUGCUGGCAUUUCUGAGUCCUUCUUUGACUCCUUCUGAGCUCUAUAAACUGGAUCAAGAAGCGGAACUUGGCGGCCUCAAGAGUGUCGCGGCCGUUGACGAAGUAGAUUCUGUGUACGAUUUGACUGAGCGCGAUUUCGCCGAUUUGCAGCUCUACCACCUGGGACCUUGUCGGGCAUUACCGCAAUACAUCUUGCAGCCAUUGUCUUGGACUAAGGUCUUGCCCCCGCACUUUCUAUCCGCUCGGCAGCAGGCUUUGCGUAAGGCACAGGACUAUGAACGCGCCGUUGGCGUGCAGUCGGCGCCCAUUGUUCACCAACCGCAAAUGGCCCAGUUUAUGGUAGGAUCGUCGCAGGCUCGAUUUACCGGUCAGGAAGGAAGAUCCAACAACACCACAGAUGUCGAUCGCAGCAUGGAAAUUAACUAUCCACAGGAAGACCCGCCAUUUGACGUAUACGAAUCAUCGCUAGCGCAGCAAACUUUUUCGACUCGCGCUACGUGUGAAAUCUCGAAUGUGCCCGUGGACGAAGCCAUGAACGCACAAGGGGCUGUUCACAUAGAUACCUCGCAGCGACCACGGAACCAUCGGCUGGACCCGCCGGAGGACGAGCCUCCAAGUCUUAGGAAGGAUCACGCCGGUCUGUCAUACCAGUACAACGAAUUCAUAGUGGAGGAGGACCCGAGUUUUGAUCAAAGCAAUGACCUCUAUCCUGAGGUAAGAGACCAAAACUACGACGGUACCGAUAGCGACCGUAAAUUAUCGUGCGGUCAUCACAAACAAGAACAAUAUGCUCAAAAUGACAAAUACUACCAGCAGAACGGCCAGGGUUACGCUCAGGUGUCACACGACCGAAGUUCGCCACUGUCGCGGGUUGAAAGCGGGGCACUGCCAUUUCGAUCUUUGGAAAGUCAAAAUGGGGCGGAAUCCUCACGCUCAUUCCACAAUACAGAAGAAAUGCUUAGUACAAACCGCCAGAUUCAUCUCCACCAACGAGGGCAAAUGGAAUUCAGGGUUGCAGCGGAGCAGGAGCCUCACGCUUCAUGGGAUGAUGUGGUACCCCCGGAAAGGCAUGGAGUGAGUGGAGGGACGUGGGAAUCGGAAAUGUCGUCGGCCAUCUCCGAGAGCUCUUCGUGGACAGAGGAUACCGAUAUUCAGGACCGGUCCUUGAGGAGGGCGCUAAUUUUGCAAAUGGCCAAAUCGCGUAUGAAGACAACUAAGACAGGGAAAAUUGGGCAUACUGUGCCAGUUUUGCUUAGAGAUAUUGACGGCACACCUGGAGGUGAGCAUUCUUCUUGUCAGCAAGUCGACAAGGAUGACGAAAACAAAUCGGAGCGCUACUCUGGUGACAUGGAUGCAGGAAUUAAUAUUGACUUCACAGAAGAUUUGGACUAGAGCAAAUAAGGGAAUGUGAGAUAACUAAUGAUACCGUGUUAAAUG